AUGGUUGAAGAAAAGGCUAAUACCCUGACUCCAACGGCGCCUACUCCUUCAAGGCGAAAGCUGGGGAUUCGGUCACAGGCUUCUCUAAGAGGAUUCGUUCAAAGAGAAAGAGAACUGCUCCUUCUUCUUGUCUUAGACAAUCUCUCUGUCAACAAAAGCCAUUUUGGUCACAUUCAUUCAACCAUCAACCAUCCGGGAUCCUACCUUCUUUCUUUUCGUGUAGUGGGACUCCUUCUUCGUCAGUCAGAGACAGCAGCAGAUAAGACAAGAGCGACAAUCGCUAAUGGUUAUACGAAACUUUCUUUACCCCGGAGCAUAGGAAGUCGUGCAUUCCGAAACAAGCGAAGUCGAGACUUCUCUGUCUAUCCCUGUCAACCUGCACUAUUGAUUGCUAUGAAGAAAUUAUCCUUUACUAAGGCUCAAGAGCCGGAUCGUCUCACUGAGAAAAACUUUCCCAACCAAAAGCUUCAACAAGAGCUGAUUAUCCGAUAG